AGAUCGUAGUUUGGCAGAGAUUCAGAAACACUGAUACUGUGUGUGUUUAUGUGUGUGUGUGUGUGUGUGUGCGCGCGCAUGUCCUUCCAGGGUUGAAGCGAGGCAAAGCAGCUCGACACACAACCGCCAACAGACAUGAAUCACCUACUGAAGGUUCCAGUUCUGGCCAGCCGGGCCUUCAGCAGCUCUGCCAGGCAGCUGAAGAACAAAGUCCCCGAGGCCCAGAAACUCUUCCAGGAGGACAACGGGUUGCCGGUCCACAUCAAGGGAGGAACCGGUGACAUGAUGCUCUACAGGGCCACCAUGACGCUAACUAUAGCAGGAACCUGCUACUCUCUGUACUGGCUGCUCACGGCCUCCAUGCCGCAGAAGAAAGCGUAGAGCAGGAAGCAACCACCCCCCCCCCCUCCCUGGGCUCGGUCUAUUGCUUGGAGAACAGCGCCCGGCUCCGUCUAACACUAAAGCUUGUUGUGUGAAUUCUUUUUGAUUGUAUCAGAAGCCGUCCUACUUUGAUUACGGCAGCGAUGAAUGUGUAAAAAGUGUAAAAAAUGUUGAUUCAGAG